CAUACCCCUUCAGAUGAGAGCAGAGGAUGACUCCGCCAAAUCCGAAGGCGCUAACCCUGUCGCGUCACGAUGAGUGGUUUAUACCAGCGAAAGGUGCGGCGGUGGGACCAGGUGCGGCAGCGCAGUGGAGGCGGCAGGGUUGCGCCGGCCGCUGGACCCUGGAAGAUGUAGUGUUAUGGCCGUGGUGCAGGGUCACCGUAUCCACUGGGGUGCGAGUUUAGAGAGCGGUUUUGGUGUGGAGGUCUCGUCUGUGUCUGGUCAACGACCGUACAGACUACAGAUGGGCUGGCCAAAGUGCAUGUGUCCGGGCUGCUGCCGCAUCUACCACGUCACAGAACCCAGCGAGGGUGAGCGGGAGGCUUACACAGUGGGGCCCAGCGGCCAGCGUGAGGCUUACACAACAGAAGCCAGCGGCCAGCAGGUGGUGUACACAACGGAUCACAACGACCAGCGAGAAGUUCCAAAGGAGGAGAAGCCGAUGUCUCGGCUGAUUGUGUUCCUGGGCUCCACACGCGAUGGCAGGAACGGCACCCGCGUCGCCACACAUCUGGUCAAUCUGCUCAAGGAGAGGAAACACGCGGUCACCGUGUUUGACCCGCUGAAGAUGCCGUUCGAGCUGCUGCGGCAGCCGCUGCACUUUAUGCCGGACCAGUCGGCCGCCCCCCAGUGGCUGCGAGACGCCAACGCGGAGAUCGCGGCCGCCGACGGGUUCGUGGUGGUGACGCCCGAGUACAACUGCUCGCUGCCGCCGGCGCUGGUCAACAUGCUCGACCACUUCCCGCCGGCCUCCUUCCAACACCGGCCCGUCGGCAUCGCCUGCUACUCGCUCGGUCCGUUCGGCGGUAUGCGUGCGGCGGCGUUCGCGCGCCCCCACCUGAGCGAGCUGGGCCUGGUGAGCAUCCCGGCCCAGUUCACCGUGCCCACCGUCACCCAGAGCUACUCGGCCGACGGACAGCCGCAGAACGAGCGCAUCGAGAACAACGCCGCCCGGCUGGUCACCGAGCUCUCCUGGUACGUGGACGCCCUGAAGGCGGCCAGGGCCGCCGGCGUGCCCAACUGAGGGCGUCAAGAGCCGUCCAGCGAUGAUGACCUCACGGACGAACACAGUGACACGAUAUUGAGCUGUCCUGGUGUCAAGUUAAGCCCUGACUUGUGCUGCUUUGAGCUAAUCUGACGAGAAUAUGUCGGAUUCAUCGUGACAGGGUUUUUAUC